AUGUCGCCGCAUAUAUUUUUGAUACUGUUCGGUCUCACUAUCGUGCGGCUUUGCUGCUCCUUUCCCCUCGAAGAUGAGCAGCCGGCAACGCAACCGAAGCAUCAUCAGAACUGGAGGCGGCAGGAAAUGAUGGAUAACAAUGGCCUUUAUUGGCUCGAGUGGUGGGUCACGGCAAAGAAAAUUCAUUUUCGCAUCACGGUCAACACGCAAGGCUUUGUGGGUCUGGGAUUUUCGCGAAAAACCGGCCACAUGGCUGGAGCGGAUAUGGUACUCCUCUGGGUAGACGAUCGGACUGGAGAACCCAAUGCGUUGGACUGUUACGGCUCAUUUAGUCAUCCGCACUUGGCUCCGAUGCGGGAUGAUACUCAGAACUACCAGGUCAUCAGUGGUUCCCAGAAUGGUACGCACACAGAGGUGGAGAUCUCGCGACAGAUUGAAACGUGCGAUCCCUAUGAUAUGCCCAUUAAUGGCGACACCAUUAAGGUGUUGUGGUCCUUUGGAGAUACGGAUCCCAUCCAUGGAAACUUGAAGGGUCACGGGCGAAACCGUGGGGUCAAGCCCUUGCAUCUGUUGAGUCCAUUGUUCGAAAAAAGUGCCGCCAUUUUACAGCCAACAACCGGCAAGCGUGAGACACACAAAUGGGAUAUAUCCAUGCAGAAUGUGACCAUCGAAUCGUCAAUGGAUACCCUCUAUUGGUGCAAAAUUGUGCGGGCGCCCGUGCUUAACAGCAAACAGCACAUCGUGGGCUAUGAGGCGUUACUCACGCGUUUCGGCAAAUCCCAUCAGCCGCUCGUGCAUCACAUGACCCUGUUCGAAUGCUCCACAAAAUCCUAUCCAGGUGCGGACUCGAGCUCCUGGGAUGUCUGGUCGAAGAGCACAGGUACGGAGUGCAACAGUAAUCUGUUAACCCCUCGGGAUUGGGACUCGUGUGCCACGCCCGUGGCUGUCUGGUCCAUUGGUUCCACAGGCCAGUUCCUGCCGCCGCACGUGGGCAUCCCAAUGGGGGGCCAAUCGGGUGCCAAAUACUACAUGCUCGAGGUUCACUACGACAAUCCAAAUGGCUUGCAUGCCGUCGAUCACUCGGGCUUUCGGAUACACUACACGCAUCACCUACGGCCCAAUGAUGCGGGCAUAAUGAUUAGCGGCGUCUCUGUCUCCGACACUCAACUAAUACCACCUGGACAGAAACUGUACCGCAACGUUGGCAUUUGUGGACCCUCCUGUUCGAAUGUGAUGUUUCCCAGCGAUGGCAUCAAAAUUAUAUCCGGUACCUUACACUCACAUCGGGCUGGCCGCAAAAUGAGUUUGCGCCAUGUUCGAGCUGGUAAGGAGCUGGAACGGAUUAUUGAGGACGAGAACUUCGAUUACAACUACCAACAGGUGCGUCAAUUGGCCAACGAGACUGUCGUCUUGCCUGGAGACUACAUCAUUACGGAUUGCGCCUAUGAGACGACGAAUCGCAAGCGUCCCACCUUUGGCGGCUAUUCUACCAAACAAGAGAUGUGUCUCUCGUUCAUCACAUACUAUCCAAAGAUCGAUCUAGCCGGCUGUUAUAGUAUGACUCCGGUGCGAGAGUUCGUCGAGACCUUUGGCGUUAUGCAGUUCUACUCCCUGAGUAUGACAGAUGUGGAGAACCUAUUUCUCUAUAAUGGCAAUCUAUUGGACUACAUACCCAACACCAUCUAUGCCAAGACGAAGAAGAGCCGUGCCAAUAUGACCGCCGAAGAUAUACUCUACGAAGAGUCCUUAUUAAAUCAGCUUCUCAUCUCGGACCCCGUUGAGUUUCACGAUCGCACAUUUCUCUCACAUCUAAAUCAGUUGCCGUGGUCGGAACCGCUCUUCACAAAGCGCGUGGAACACGCCAUGAUUAAUGGCAAGCACAUGACUUUUUGUCGCAUCUCAAAUGAGUCAAUUACGAUUCCCUCCGAAAUAAUACGUUACCCGAACUUUACGACUUUUGUAAAGCCGCCUAGUACGUGUCCCUAUCAUCUUUUCAUAGACAACGCUCCACUUAUAUCCAGCGCACCUCAACUUGUGGAUGACUUAACGCUUUGGGUGUAUCUGCAAGUGAUUGUUGUGUGUCUAUUAGGAGCGCCAUAG